CAGAAGAGCAGUAUAUUACGAUCAUCUUCGGACGUCGCGAAAGAAGCCAAACCCCCCUUGCGGAUCUUGGUAGAGAACGGAAGCGUAGGGUUUACGGCGCGCUUGCAGCUCUUGCAGUGAACGGCACAGGAAGUGAAUCCGUGCGCAUUUAUUUCGAGUGUACCGUUCGGGCAAACACGCCUACACACGGGACGACGGUGCAACCAGUGUGCAUUCGCGUGCCAGUUAAGCCUGCAGCAGUGGUGCAAGUGUGAUUUGGUUGGUGGUGUGUCGCUCGAUCGUAAACAACUGCCAGAUUCUAGCCCGCUUGCCCCUUUGAAGCGGUAGAAGAACAGGCCGUAGUGUUCGACAAUUUCCAGUGUUUCGUGUUUGGCAGGAGUCCACCGCGUAAGGAUUCAGUGAAAACAACACACUUCCGACCGCUGUUGUGUGCUGCUGCAUACCCAGCAUCAUACCAACACCACAAAUCCACAAACAAACGAAGUAACAUACACACAGCCUCACAGCGCAGAAUGGCCGCAACACCUUCCAGUUCCGCCGUGCGCGCCCUGUCGCUCGAGUAUAAAAGCCUUCAGGAGGAACCUGUCGAAGGGUUCCGCGUGAAGCUGCUGAACGAAGACAAUCUGUUCGAGUGGGAAGUGGCCAUCUUUGGGCCACCGGAUACCCUUUACCAGGGUGGCUAUUUUAAGGCUCACAUGAAAUUUCCUCCCGACUAUCCAUAUUCGCCUCCUUCGAUAAGGUUCUUGACAAAAGUUUGGCAUCCCAAUGUCUACGAGAAUGGCGAUCUGUGCAUAUCGAUCCUCCAUCCGCCGGUCGACGAUCCGCAGAGUGGUGAGCUGCCCUGCGAACGAUGGAAUCCGACCCAAAACGUGCGCACCAUCCUGCUGUCCGUGAUCUCCUUAUUAAACGAACCGAACACCUACUCGCCAGCCAAUGUCGACGCGUCCGUCAUGUACCGAAGAUGGCGGGAUUCACACGGCAAAGACAACGAGUAUCCUAAUAUCAUAAGACGACAAGCACAAGCCGCCAAAGCCGAGGCGGAGAAGGAGGGAAUCAUCGUACCGCUCACACUAGAAGAAUACUGUAUCAAGUCGAAAACGAAACCUCCCGGACAGGAACCACAGCUCGAUAUGACCGACUUUUACGACGACGACUACGACCUGGACACGGAGGAUGACGAUAACGCGUCGGUCGAAUCGUACGCCGACGACAGUGGCAACGGAGAAUCAUAACGAGCUCAUCGUGCUGCUCCUCAACAAACGGUGGCCGUGUGAGAACGUCAACCAAACAUCAAUGCAAUUCAUGGACAUGUAGCAAAACAAAAAAAGAAAGGGAAAAUUUAGGAGACGACUAUCGGAGAUACACGGAGCGCGUGAUAGAAGUGUAGGAAGGGAGAGUAACAGUCGGAAAUCGGAACCCUUUGGGUAAACCCCGCCCCGUCUCUAGUGUGCGGUGCAAUCAAUGGGCCCAAUUCGAGAACGGGAGCCUAGAACAACAAACCUAGAGAGGAAGGGAAUCGGAUGCCGCGAAUCUAGUAACCCAUGGGACGAGUUUCCGAACGUUUCAGUACCAUGUUUGCCCACUCAGAGAAAAGUAUUCUUCCAAAUCGACGGCGGGACAAAUGCUGCGCGACGCUACAAAUUUAAAGUUCCCACAGAGUUUCUGAGAAUUUUUUGUUCAUUUUCGUAUUAUAAAUUAUUGAUGAUUGUCAUGUCUGUAUAGCUCCAGCGAAAGGGAAGAAAGAAACAAUUGAAAAUAGAGGAAUACGGUCAACAAUCGUGCAAGUAAAUUGUAAGUUAUCGCUAUCUUAGAAUUGAGUUUCAUUUUGUAUUGGCAUGGUUCUCCCCUCUUGUCUCGUAGUUUGCUGCAAGAUAAAAAGUAUCAACAUCUCGCUCAACCGUACAUGAUCAAAGAGAAACAGCAAGAAAGUUAGUUAAUGCAAAUACAUACACCACAAUCCCAUGCAAAACAAAAAAAAGAAACAAAUAAGAAAACGGACUUAUUGCAAUGAUGGUAGGGCUGCUGCGAUUCUUGAGAGUGAUUAAUUAUGUUCAAUUAGUCUUGGGGUAAGGUUUGUUACGAAAGACCAGAAAAAAGGUACUGGCCGCUACCGCGCGACGGCUUUGAGGUAGAAAGCUCUAUACAAGAACUGAUCUGCGGCCGACGAUUACAAACGAACGAGUGAAAGCGGCAACCAGCAAUUGAAUUUCUAUCGUAGGUACAAAAUGGUGAUCAAAGACGAAACCACUGACCCCAAACCCACGCGUAACGGGGAAGCAUGGUCUUCUACACUCGUGCAACAGUAAGGAUAAAGAGCGGAAGGAUUAACAAAUCACAUGUAUUACUCUAUCGUCGCUAUAUAUAUAAACACACAUACACGAAAUGAACCGGAAGGCUACCGAAGGAUCAGCCUGAAAGCCAAUCGAACCCAAUAAUGUGUAAUGUAUGUGUUCCCGGGCCGGCAGGCUGAGAAUCGUAUCCGUAGUGGUACGCUCGUUCGAUAUCGAGCGCGAUUUGAUUUGAGCACGACAAGCAACGAGGGGAUAAAUAAUGAAAUGUAAAAUGCAUCAGCAACAUCAACUACAUACGGUAAUAUUAAAACCGGCGCAUAUGCGAUUAUAAGUAAGACCUACAACACUCGGCUUGGUGAUGAUGAUGAGCGUAAGACAAAUGGAAUAUAAAUAGUUGCUUAUUCUUAAACGAAAGCCUUUUUUUUAAUUUUCCUGCUUAGUGUUCCUUCCGUAUUCCGUAUGAUCACACAGGUAUUUUUCUUCAUGUAUUUUGCUUUGUUUUCCCUCUACCGACACGGUGCUCUCGUCUAAGGUACUUCUACAUGAAUGGCAAACAUUAACGUUGGCCGGUGAGAAAAUUAUUAUUUGCUGGAGGGUUGCAUGUGUAUCGGGCUGUGCUGUCUCUCGGAAAAAACAUGCAAAUGCGAAAAUGAACCCAUGAAAAUGUCUAACGUCUUACUUUGUUAAUGAUUUAUGGAAAGUAUCAAGUUCUUCUCUCGACACGAAAGGCAACACAGUGAUUAUCAAAGUAACCAAUGGAAGCGUAAAAAUGAAGUUUACGUUACUUUACGGUACGGUUACAUUCUUCCUUGUGUUUGCAGUUUGUGCUUCAUGUAGUAGUGCGUUUAACCCACCUGUUCGAGCCUAUCCAAUGUAAAUACAACUCAAAUGUGCACUGCAAUUAUCUUUAUUUUUAAUAUCGUUUCGUUGCUUCCGAUCGUUCCGCAUUCUUCUUGUAACCCCAUCUUCUGAUGCUGCUUCAGAGGCUCUGGUACGUAAAUCUGAUUUCUAUGUUACGAAAGUUCACAUCAAACCAUUAGACGAUAGAAAUAUUAGCUGGGACUUUGGGAGGAUGAAAAAAAAACAAGAAAAUACCAUAGUCCAAGGUUGGACGGAGAUAGAGAGUAGAGCAUUGGAUGUUCGUGUAGUUUUAUGCCAGAGCACACGCGAGAAGAUAGCAGAUUCAACGGAACUUACAGUACGCCGAGUAAAGAAAACCUACAUACAUUACUAGAAGCAAUAUAUAUAGAAAGUAUCUUGAAGUUGGCGAUUUUUUUAUUUAACAAAAGUGACAAAACUCAUACGCACGCAUAAAGCAGCAGUUAACCCGUUGGCGCCAAAUGUAAGCGAGAAUACACAUUACAUAAUGAAUGCAGGAUGUGGUUGAAGAACGACAUGCGCCUGCAGCAGUUUGUCGAUUAUCAACAUAGUAGAUUAAGGAGUUUGUGUCGCCGUUGCUCUAAAAACGGUCAACAAAACAAAAAAAAAACAUGAAACCGACACAGGAUUUCAGCAAAGUAACCGUUGCCCCGUGUGUACCGGAAUGAAGCGCCAAACACUUUGAACACGGGUCGAAUCCUGUAGACUUACGAAUAAAAUAAAAACAAAAAGAAAGACACAUUUGCCACCCUUGCGCGUAAAUAAUAAAUUGAACUGCGUUUAGUUCCACCGUCAUCAAUUUAUGGAUAAUUGUUUAAAUGAAAAGAAGAAUGUUCAAAAAAGGGGAUUUUAUUCCGAUAGUUUCGUUCCGCGUGGCAACGUUGCAGCAAUCGUCGAUUAAAGUGGAUAAUUUUCUUCUCUCUUCUUUGCAGGUAAAAAAUGGAAACAGAAUUUAAAUAGAUUUAUGUUAUUUUGUAAGGAUAUAUUUUAAUCUGUUUAAUCAAAUAUAUUUUCCGAAUUUGAGCGACUGAAACACCUAUGUUACGUUUAGUAAAGGCAACAACAGAGAAAGGCUAAGGGCAACCUAA